AUAUAUUUUAAAUAUUUUAGAUUUUAAUUUGGACCCAUUUCAAAAUAAAUAAAAAUUUCUAUUUUAUACCUUAAUAGGAAGGUGCAAUUAUUUCAGUACUUUCUAGCUCUUUAUUGCCUAUCUCCACUGUUUUAUGGUCCAAAGCAACCCAAGCAUUAUCUUCUUCUCACCAAUACUUUACUAAUUCCUCCUCUACAUUUUCUCCAAGAAAAACAGAACAAACGUAUAGAAAAAAGGAACAAAGAUGGCUGAAGAGCCAAUACGUUUUGGCAUCAUGGGGUGUGCCAAGAUAUCAAAGAAAGUAGCAAGAGCCAUAAAUUUAGCUCCCAAUUCAACUCUCUCUGCAAUAGCUAGUCGUUCAUUAGACAAAGCCAAGCAAUUUGCUACUGCAAAUGAAUUGCCUGACAACAUCAAGCUUUAUGGUAGCUAUGAAGAACUUGUUGACGACCCAUGUAUUGAUGUAGUUUACAUGCCAUUGCCUAGUAGCCUUCAUGUGAAAUGGGCAGUGUUGGUUUCCAAGAAAAAGAAGCAUUUGCUAGUAGAGAAGCCCCCUGCUAAUGAUGUGGAUGAGUUGGAUAAGAUCUUGGAAGCUUGUGAAUCUAAUGGUGUACAAUUCAUGGAUGGUUCUAUGUGGCUGCAUCACCCUAGGACUGCCAGAAUCAAGGAGCUUCUUUCUGAUCCCAAGCAAAUUGGAGAAAUUCAAUUUAUUCACAGCACAUCUACCUUUUUAGCAGCUCCUGAGCUUUUAGAGAAUGAUAUAAGAGUAAAACCAGACAUGGAUACUCUUGGUGCACUUGGUGACUUAGGUUGGUACUGCAUUGGGUCGAUCUUGUGGGCCAAGGACUACAGACUGCCCAACAUAGUCAAGGCAUUACCUGAUGUUAUCAAAAACUCAUCCGGAGUUAUUUUAUCAUUUUCUGCCACCUUACAUUACGAGACGGACAUCCAUAAAACAGUAGCAAUAAUUUAUUGCUCUUUCCUCUCAUAUUCAACGAUGGACUUGAAGCUAGUAGGCACAAACGGAUCGAUCGAUCUCUUGGACUUCAUCAUUCCAUUCGAAGAGGAUUGUGCUUCCUUCGAUCACACAUUGCUUCCGAAAUUUGUUGAUCUCCACAUUGGGUGGAAUGUGAAACCUGAAAAGAUUAUGGUGGCUAAUGAAUUACCACAAGAGGCCUUGAUGGUUCAAGAACUUGCUAGGAUUGCUCAAGGUAUUAGAAAAUCUGUAUCCUCUCCUGAUAGAAAAUGGCCUGAGACUAGUAGAAAGACUCAGUUAGUAUUGGAUGCAGUAAAGAAAUCUAUUGAUCUUGGCGGCAAACCUGUUUACUUGUAAUUUACUCAAGUUAAUUGAGCUCAGUGUAAUUAAUUAAUUAAGCCUUUUUGCUGGAAAAAUAAUAGACAUAUUUUACCUUCAGCUCUUCAA